UGACAGACUGGAUGUUGUUUUUGUUUAUCAUUCGUGUAGAUUUGCCGGGCGAUAUAAUUACUAAUUACGAGCAAUAGAAGUACAUAUUUUUACUUAAAUUUAUUUUAUUGGGCAUAUCUCACGAAAACGCCACACUAAAACAAAACUUACGAUUCGACGACUUGACUCUAUACAGGGUGUUUAGUUCCAAAUCAAAGUUUCAACCGUUACAUGUUUGAAAUACCGUCAUAAAAAUGUCAUCCGAAGAUCUACCGACCGUACUACUGACGUACACAAAAUGCAUCAACUUUGCAGCUGUGAAACACCGCAACCAACGACGUCUGGAUUCCGACAAAACUCCUUACAUCAAUCAUCCAAUUGGUGUUGCCCACAUUUUAACCUCCGAAGGUGGCGUUACGGAUUUCGAAGUUCUACAAGCCGCCAUCUUGCAUGACACCGUUGAAGACACCGAUACCAGUUUCGAGGAGAUCGAACAAAACUUUGGGUUCACGGUACGCCGUCUGGUUCAGGAAGUCACCGAUGACAAAUCACUACCGAAGCUGGAACGGAAGCGGCUACAGAUUGAACAUGCAGCCGGGACUAGUCCACGGGCACGGUUGAUCAAGCUGGCCGAUAAGAUAUACAACUUGAGAGAUCUUCAGCGAUGUCAACCGGAAGGAUGGACCGUGGAACGGUGCCGAGAGUACUUCAUAUGGGCAAAAAAGGUCUGUGAUAAUCUGAAGGGAACCAAUCAGGCACUGGAGGAUAUCCUGGAUGAAAUUUUUCGUCAUGAAAAUGUAGCAUAAAUUGGAUAAGUUUAUUAGAUACAAAUA